AUGGUAGUGGCAGUGCCCCUUCUGAACGUUGUGGACCAGACCACGGAGCUCACCGGAGAGAGGAGUACCACAGCGCACAGAGGACGAUACGCCUCCACUACGGGCAAGCGCUUUUCUCCAACGCUGUGCUGUUUCGGACUGUCAUUUGGAAAUAUCCUUGGAAGUAAAACAAGAGAAGAGGAUCUGCACAUUGAACACUACUGCCACCAUGCAUGUGUUUAA